CUGAAGUUACAAGAAAAGGAAGCAUCCAAACGUUGUGCACGGUCGCUCCCCUCGCUGUCCUGCGGGAGCCCAGACCCCAGCCCUCCCCCGGCGCCUCCUUUUCGUCCCUUCCUGACCUCCCUAACCUUUCCAGCCUCCCCUUUAGCACACCUGCUGAGCCUGGAGCAGCCUCCUUCCCAACUCUUUGCCUCCCAUGCAGUCAGCUCAGACCACGCAGCACCCAACCUGGGAGACCCAGGGGGGCUUCUGCUUCGAAAACUGCCAGAGAAAUGCAUUUCUGGAGACUUCCCUACAGGGACUAUGUGUCCCCCGUGCCCGAAAAACUGGCACCACCAUUGCUGGCCUUGUGUUUCAGGAAGGAGUCAUCCUUGCAUCAGACACCCGAGCCACCAACGAUUCAGUCGUGGCCGACAAGAACUGUGAAAAAAUCCACUUUAUCGCCCCCAACAUCUACUGCUGUGGGGCAGGAGUGGCAGCGGAUGCAGACAUGACCACCCAGAUAAUGGCGUCCAACAUGGAGCUACAUGCUUUGUCCACCGGCCGGAAGCCACGGGUGGCCACCGUCACACGCAUGCUGCGGCAGAUGCUCUUCCGCUACCAGGGCCAUAUUGGGGCCUCCCUGAUUAUAGGUGGAGUGGAUAUCACCGGCCCACAUCUCUACAGCGUCCACCCUCAUGGCUCCUACAGCCAUCUACUUUUCACUGCCAUGGGCUCUGGACAAGGACCGGCCAUCUCUGUGCUAGAGGAUCGCUUCAAACCAAAUAUGACGCUGGAGGAAGGCCGGCAGCUGGUGGUAGAAGCAGUGACUGCUGGGAUCCUGGAGGACCUGGGCUCAGGAAGCAAUGUGGAUGUGUGUGUGAUCACCCAGGCUGGGGCCAAGAUCCAGAGGGCAGUGAGCACUCCGGCUCUUCUCUCUAAGAGGCAGGGAAAGUACCGCUACCCGGAGGGCACAACAGCAGUGAUGAAGGAGACCGUGACACCCCUGACACUGGAGAUGAUCGAGGAGACUGUGCAGACAAUGGAGGUGGAGUGAGUGAGCGAGCCCCCACGGCCACAGGGUCCCAUCCCAUCACAUGGGAAACUCCCGGGACAAUAAACAUCUUCAAAAUGA